AGUUGUUCGUGAAUCAAUGUUUUGUGCAUAGUCGUCUGUGCAACUGCUGCAGUUGUGUCUGACAAUGCCACUAUUGGUGUACAUAGCCUGCCUCCUUGUGGUGUGCGCAUGCGCGUACCUGUGGGUGCUGGAGCGGCGCGCGCGCAGCAAGUUCGCGGGCAUCCCGACGUACCCGCUGCUGCCGUUCAUUGGCAACGUACACCAGGUGCUGGGGGAUGGUAGACAGGUAUUCCAGCACAUGGACAGGAUAUCUCGAAUAUGUGAUGACAACAUGUCACCGUUCGUGGUGUGGCUCGGACCCUGCUCUAUACUGGUGACGCACGACCCUGACGAUGUGAAGAGCAUCACGAACGCGUUUGUUGAGAAGCCGUACUACUACAGCUUCGGCAGAAUCUGGCUCGGAGACGGACUGGUCACGGCUCCUGGUGUGGUAUGGAAGCACAACAUAAAGAAGUUAGCAGGAACGUUCACCAGCUCCGUAGUGGAUGGAUACCUCGAGAUUUUCAACGCCCAGGCUCAAAGACUGGUGGAGAACCUUAAAACAGAAGUGGGGAAGGGACCCUUUGAUGUGAUACAUAAGUACCUUGCUUAUACCACGUUGGAGACCAUUUGCCAAACCGCUCUGGGCGUAUCCAUGAUAUCAGAGAGCAUAGUGACGACGGAGUACUAUGAUGCAUUCAACCGGUGCCUGGAGCUGAUCAUCAUGCGAGCAAUGAACGUGCUGGUGCAUUCUGAUUGCAUCUACAGGCUCACUCCGUCGUACAGGGAGCUGGUCAAGUGCGUUGCAGUUCUGCAUAACGUGUCUGAUACAGUGAUGAAAAAGAGAAAACAAGAACAGAAAGACACAAAGAAAAGUAACAAGACAGAAAAUAAUAAUAGCGGUAAGGAUUCUUCAGCAAAGUUCAAAGCAUUCCUGGACAUCUUGCUGGAGCUGCACGAAACAGACGCGACCCUCACGGAGCAGCAGGUCAGGUCUGAGGUGGACACCAUCAUCGUGGGCGGCCAGGAGACGGUCGCCUCCACGCUGUUCUACACCAUGCUGAUGCUGGGCUCCAAGCCCAGGGUACAGGACAAGAUGUAUGCGGAGUUGAGGAGUAUAUUCGGCGACAGCAGCAGCCCGGUCAGCAAGGAGGACCUCUCCCGCAUGGUGUACUGCGAGGCCAUCAUCAACGAGACACUGCGACUGUAUCCGCCCGUGCCUGGCGUGCUGCGGUAUGCCGACAGGGACCUGCCUCUUAAAUCAUACACGAUCCCGAAAGGCACAGCUAUUGCUAUUAACGCGUGGGGUGCGGGCCGCUCGGAGCGCGUUUGGGGUCCUGACGCUAAGGAGUAUCGUCCUGAACGUUGGCUGGAAGACCAGGGUCCUGGGCAGCCUGGUGCCUUCCUUGCCUUCAGCUACGGCAGGCGAGCUUGUAUUGGUAAAAAAUACGCGAUGGCGUUACUAAAAACAGUGCUUGCUCACUGUGUUCGCGAGCUGGAGUUCGUGUCUGACCCCAGCAACUUGGAGCUGAAGGUGGACAUAGCUCUGAGAGCCGUCGCUGGAAAUCUCAUACAAGUGAAGCUAAGGGAAUGUAAAUAAGGGCUUAGGGUGCAUCCUGCGUGAGUGACUUGCGAACGCGACGAAGCAAUCU